AUGUUAUUUUUCCGGUCUUCAGCUACAAAAGAGUUCGAAUUACGGAGUUUUGUCAGUAGCUGUUUUCUGGUACGUGUUAAAAGAGGAAUAAAAAUGUGGGCUUAUAACGAUAAUCUCUAUGAAAGAGAGGAUGAUGAUGAUUGGGUGUAUCCCCCAUCUCCAGAUACUGAUGAAGAGCAACAAGAAGAGGAAGACUGGAAAGAAAUUGAAGUGGAACUUUUUAGUCAACUGCAUUACAAUUCUAAACAGCUUGAUGGUGCUAGUGCUUCUGAAAAUCCACCCAAUACAUUAGAUGAAGGAGAUCCAAUGAGAGUAAUAAGACGGCCACUUUUAAGAAAUACAGAUGUUCGUGCCACUAGAGCAUAUCAUUGUGACAAUUGCAACGAAGUAGGCCACCUUUCCAGGGACUGUAAUCAAAAGAGUAGAGAAAUCUGUAUUUUGUGUGGAGAAUUUGGUCACUUACGGCAACAGUGUCCAUAUAUUUUCUGUUACAACUGUAAACUACCUGGUCACCGGUUUGCAGAAUGUCCAAGUACUAAAAAUUCCUAUGUGACCUGUUAUCGAUGUCAAAUGUUUGGACAUAUUCAACCUAAUUGUCCUGAUUUAUGGCGUCGGUACCGUUACACUACUACAAGAGGACCCUUAGUAACAAGCAAUUGCAUUGCCAACACACGUAUUUAUUGCUACAAUUGUGGAGAAAAAGGACACUAUGGCUUUGAGUGUAUGAAAGACCCAAUGAAUCCAUUCGUCUACAGCAGAUACCCUUUUGUUGUAAAUUAUGACAGUUGCUGGGCAAAUACUGAAAAUGAGUCCAAAAGGAGGAAGAUUGAACCUGAUACUUCAGGAUAUACUUUUAACAUUCCAGAUGCUAUGAAAAAUGUAAUAGGUUUCUCUAAAUCUACAAGGAAAAGGAAACGUGGGUCUAAACCUGCUGAAGACUCUAACGCAUAUUUCAUCUCAUCAGAAUCUAAGAAAAAGAACAAAUCAAAAAGGACAAAAAUGCAGAGAUUCAGAUGUGCUGCUAAAAGAAGAAUGGCAUCUGCCAUACGCAAAAGUACAUAG